CGAAUGCAACAAUAUAGCUAAUGCAAUUUCAUAAUUUUAGCGGAAAAUGUAUGCUUUAGUUACAGUUAAUUUCCCCCUCCCUGUUUUCUGCAUUGCCUGGCUAAAUAUAUUACGUUAUUUGCUUUCUUAUAUUUGUAGUUUUUCUGGGUGGUUAUCAAUGCAUUUUUCUGUUCUGUAAAACGUAUAUCUGGUGGCAAAGGCUAAGCCCGCCAGCCUUCCUAGCUAGCUAGCAUGCUAAAUAAUCAUUCAUCAAGUUCCUCAAUCAUUUGAUCCACGGCGCAUUUUGUUGCUUGUUGCUGGCUACGUUACCUAAUUAACGUUAGUUAUCGAAACAUACACACAGGUUCACAUUGGCUUGCUAUUAGUUGCCAAUUAACAUUAGAAAAAUAAGACAAUGCUGAAAAUAUGAAUUUAUUCCCACAUCCGAUGAUGCCUAUAUUUUUGUUACAGCCCUAUGUAAACUUGUGUUUGCAUUGCUGGGUGGAUUCAGACGUCAAUGGAGUUGGGUAAUGUUAUGUUGGACAUAGAGCAGGUCGUUCUGGGGGAAGAGGUGAUGACCAGUGCCACAGCGUCCACCAUCAAGCCACAGACUGUUCCUGCUAUCCAACCCUAUCAGCAUGACAGCCUACAGUGUUUUCAAUGCUUCAUUACAUUUUGUAAUGCCAAGGCCAAGGAGAGGCACAUGCGAAAGAGCCAUCGUGAGGAAUACAAGCAGUCACUCCAACAGACCGAUACGCUGUUCACCUGUUAUGUGUGCGAUCGUACCUUCUCCUCCUCUGAGGAGCUGACACAGCACCAGACCUCACACAGCCUGGAAGACAAGCCCUUCCGCUGCGCCCACUGCCAGGGAAGCUUCCGGACCUUCUCUGAGUUGACAGUCCACCGGCGACAGCUGUGCAAGGAGCGGCAGUGUGUGUGCAAGGAAUGUGGCAUGGUAUUCCGGGGCCCAAACCAGUUACGCACCCACCGCCUCACCCAGCACCCCCAGCCACUGGAAGAGGAGGAUGAUGACACCAAGACUCACCGUUGUGGCAAGUGUGGCCGCGGGUUUGAGGCGGAGGUGGAUCUUGUGCUGCAUCAGGAGAACUUUGCGGGUGAUCAGCAUUGCGAUGCAAAGGUCCCGGCCAAAAAACGUGGCCGACCUCCCAAGAAAGUGGCUGAGGCAGCAAACGGAGAGAAGAGCGGAGAAGCUGAGGAGGGGGGAGACGAGUCUGUGGCAAAAAGAGGGAAAGGACCGGGGCGACCCCCUAAGGAGGAGCUCCAAAUCCCCUGUUCUGAAGCUGAGUGUGACCUCACCUUCUCCUCUGUUGCCCUUCUCCGGGCCCACAAGAAGAAGAAGCACGGGAGGCCGCCUCAACCUCGCAAGGCUCACCCCUGCUCUGAGUGUGAAGAGAGCUAUGCCCGGCUGGAGCAGCUCAAAGCCCACAUGGCCAGGGCUCACAGCUCUGGCCGACACAACUGCCCCACCUGCGGCAAGAGCUUUAGUCGGGAGAGCAACCUAAAGGCACACCAGAAGACACACACUGAGGGAGAAGAGGCAACAGACAAAGAAAAGAGAUAAUCUCGGGAAAGGGAAUAUCAUCAUGAAAAUGUAAUGGAUGGUUUAGGGUUUUGAAAAUAUAAUUUUGAGUAAAACAGGCCUUGAUGUGGGUGGGUUUUUUAUGUUCAAGAUGGGGGUUUGGUAUAUGUGACAUACCAUACACAAAAGCACUCAGUUGGAUCAUUAGAUUGUUUGUGGUUAUUUUAAAGGGCUUUUAGAAAAACAACAAAAUGUACUGUGUAUAAAACCCUUUAUACAGAUGUGUACAUAAUUGUGAAUUACAACUGCCCCCCAGAGUGGGAAUCUAUUUGUUUCCAUAUUGCCAACACCUUUAAAAAAUUAUAAUUCUGUAUUCAUAUUAUGGAUGUAGAGCUAGUCUAACGAUUUGCCUCAUGUGAGAAGUUUUUGUAACUUAUAGUAUUGAUUUUAGUAGGUAAUUAAUGGGUUUUAUGGUGUACCAUUCCACUCAUAAUUUAGUUGUUCCUGUCAAGGCAUCUUCUGAUCAUGUAAAUGUAUAUUGGUCUGGGGAAUCCAUUGUUCCGUAAAGGAUGUCAUUGUUGUAUUCAGGUGAUCUUGUACUUUUUUUCAUCCACAAUGAAAUAGUAAUGGCAUUAAACUAAGGAGUGAUUUCAA